UGAAUGUCUCAUUCACAAGACAUGAACAAUUCAAUUCCAGAGCGUACUCUCUCUCUCUCUCUCUGUCUGAGAUGGGCAGUGCCAGGAGCAGAGAAGGGUUGGUGGAUCUCUGUCCAUGGCUGCUCUUAUGGGCCUCUGUGAUCGGCAUAUUCUGGUUCAUCUCCAAGCAGCAGCCCUUUGACAUGGCCGAUUUGUUCUCUUCCUUUCAGGAACUGAGCACCAACUCCACGGAUCGGCAGCAAACCAUUGUGCCUCCGAUCUCCGGCACCGCCAUUAGAGGAAACUCUGUCGUCUCCUUCCACAACCAUCUCCGUUGCAUGAGUGAAUCAGGAAGGUGGGUGUACAAUGCAACUCCAAGACAUAUUCCUUGGGAUUAUGUGGCAGAGAAUUAUACAGAUCGUUGUGAUCAGGAGCACGUUGGCUUGAAAGGAAGAGAUGCUGAACAACCCUUCCUCACUCCUCAAAAUUGGACGGUGAGAGAAGAACUGAAGUGGGUUUGGAGAACGAACGAGACUUGCCGGAUCGAACCAGUGGACCGGGACGAGUUCUGCAAGCUCAUUGGGUCGGCAAGGGGCAAUGUGAUGGUGGUUGGGGACUCCAUCAACCAUGGAUUCCAAUGGUCCAUCACCAACAACCUCAUCAAGGACCCAAACGCCCAAAAGCUCAUCAAAGAAGGAUAUCCGGUGUGUAAGGUCUGUCCCGGAUUCAGGAUCUGUGACGACGUGCUUGGAAGGGGAGGGGGAUUCAACGUAUCGUUCAUCAGAAACGACCGGAUUUCGAUGACCGGAAAAGCUAGAUAUGAGCAUGGAGGAAGAUUUAUCGAACGGCCGUGGACGGAUUAUAUAAAGAAAUGGAAGGUUAAGAUCUUGAUCCUCAACAGGGGAGCUCACUAUGAAGCAGAUGAGGUCGUCCUGAAAGCAUUGAACUCUACCUUUUCUUAUUUACGAAAGCGCCAUCCCCAGCUUCUGGUGUUCGUCCGGAACACCCCGCCUGGUCACCUGAACUGCAUGAGAUAUAAAAGGCCACUGGAGAAGAGGCAAAACUUCAGCAACAACGAGGGACCACACAAUUGGGGGAAAUUCCAUAGCCAGAACCGUCUUGUGAAGGAACUAGUGGAGGAGUUUGGCUUCAUACAUGUCGAUGCAGACUCUCUCCUGAGCUUGAGAGCCGAAGGACAUGUGCAGAGGCGCGAUUGCUUGCACUACUGCAUUCCCGGACCUCUCGACGCCGUCGUUGAGCUGCUCUACAACAUAAUGAAAGCCAUUCCUCGGUUCAGUCAACCAUAAAAUUGAAGCACAAACUGUUUUCUCAUAUUUACCGACUGCCAAAAAAACAUCGGUAAACUUAAACAAAUAAAGGGGUUUAAAGGGAGCUCAUGUUAAAGACCUCAUAGAAGACUCUUUUGAACCAUACCAUAAAAGGUCCUAACACUUGCUUUGUGAAACCCUACAAUUGAGGCAUAGGUAGAAGACUAAGGUGGAAAAAAAUAACCACUCACCUUGAAAAAAAAGUGUCUUCUCUAUUAAUGUGUUGUAUGAGGUCUUCAUUCUUUUGGCACUAAUGGAUCAGUACUAUUCUUUUGAGGGAAAUUGAUUUCCAUUUUUUGAGCUUUUUUUUUUCUUCUUCUUAUAAUUUCAAUGAAGGAAUCUUUUUUUUGUAAUUUUUUGUUAA